AUGUAUUAUAGUAAUCCUUAAUUAUAAAUUAAGACAGCACUUGCUAAUUCUCAAAAGGAUAAAAUUAGUCUAAAUAAAAAUAAAGGAUAACAUGAUCAUUUGAAAUAGACAAUUGUAUAUUUUAAUGGACUUAAAUCUAUACAAUAUAUUGGCAAUAAUGAUAUUCCUGAGAUUGAUGAAAAUAACAUUUUAGUUGCAGAAUCAGAAAUCCUUGUUGCAAAUAGGAGAAUUGAAUUGAAUUAAACCCCUAAAAUUGAAGGAAUGCUUCUUAAGAAAAGUCCAUAUUAAAUCUAAGGAUGGUAAUAGAGAUGGGCUUAAUGUUCGGAUAAUCGCUUAGUAUAUUACCUGCCAGAAAAUAGGAAUACACCUUUUGGAAUUAUAGAUUUUAAUAUUAUGACAUAUUCCUUAUAGGAAAUAAUAGAUUAACACGGUAAUAUAAUUGAAUUUGUGUAUUAAUUUUUAAUCUAUUUAAAGAUUAGUACCGAAUGGAUCUACAAAAAACUUUAUAUUUAAAGCAUAAAAUCCUUUGGAUACAUAGAAAUGGCUAAAUGCUGUAAAGGAAAGCUAGAAAAAUUCUGAAGGGGCCAAAAAGAUACUCAAUAGUUUGAAUAGAUAUCCUAAGUUUUGGAAAGUAUUUCUUAUAUAUAAAUUUAGACAGAUAGAAUAUCUAAUGAAUAAUUAAUGAAAAUAGGAGAGAGUGGUGACAUACUCCUUUUUAGAGGAAUUGGAAUUAAUUGUGAAAUUUAACGAAAACUUACUGGUUCUGAUUAUGAUCAUGCAGCAGUUUUAUUAAGACAACCAUCAGGGUCCUUAUAUAUGCUAGAAGCAACUGGAUAUUUUGGAGUAGGAUUAUGUUCUUGGAGUAUUUAGAUUAUUAAUUAUUAUAGAGGAUCUGAUUAAUAAUAGAUGGUUUUAGUUAUAUGAAAAGAUAAUAGUAAGAAGAUUAGAAAUUGAUAGAGAUUUUUAAUUUUUAAGAAAUUUUUAAGAAUUUGUGAAUGAGAAUAUGGGUUAAAAAUAUUAACUUACUCCUAUCAAAUAGGUUAGAAUAGCAUCUACUAAUUAAGAAAUAAAUAAUUAAAUAAAUAGAGUAAUUUUAAUAUCUAUAUAAAAGGAAGAAAGAACAAUAUUUUGUUCUGCAAUGAUUGCUGCUCUUUAUAAAAAGUUAGGAAUCUUAGAUUAGAAAAAAUCUACAGCAUUAUAUUGGCCUGGAAGUUUCUAAUCUAAGAAUAGAGAACUUCAAAUGUUAAAAGGGAGUUUGUAUCCUGAAUAAUUGAUUGAUUUUAGUGAUAUAUGA